AUGGCAAGCUUCCACGAGAAAGGUUCAGUUGGUUCCGGUGACAAGGUCGCGACCCGCAACGAUGCGGCUUUCGCCCUAGAUGAGCGUCGUCGCGCUGCUCUCGCAGAAGUGGACAAUGCCAAGUUCUCAUGGUUCCACGCAAAAGUCUGCGUCGUCGCUGGUGUCGGUUUCUUCACCGACGCCUACGAUAUCUUUGCGAUCAACAUCGCAUCGACGAUGUUGGGCUAUGUUUACGGCAAGGGUCAAAAGCUUAACAAAAACCAGGAUCUUGGUGUAAAGGUCGCCACCCCAGUUGGAACAUUUGUCGGUCAGCUUCUCUUUGGUUGGUUGGCCGAUGUAGUUGGCCGCAAACGCAUGUACGGUGUGGAGCUUAUGAUCAUCAUUAUCGCCACCUUUGCCCAGGCCCUCUCUGGUGAUGGUAAAGCUGUCCACAUUAUUGGAACCCUCGUCGUCUGGCGUUUCCUUAUGGGAAUCGGUAUCGGAGGUGAUUACCCCUUGUCCGCCGUUAUCUCCUCAGAGUUCGCCUCUACCAAAAUCCGUGGUCGCAUGAUGACAGCCGUCUUCGCCAACCAGGGUUGGGGUAAUUUCACUGCCGCCUUGGUCGCCUUCAUCAUCACGGCCGCUUACAAGACCUCCAUCUUGAAAGAGGCUUCCGUCACCAACCUCAAGUCUGUUGACUACAUGUGGCGCAUCCUCAUUGGUCUUGGUUGCGUUCCUGGUGUUAUCGCUCUCUAUUUCCGUCUUACCAUCCCUGAAACUCCCCGCUUCACUAUGGAUAUUGAGCGCAACAUCGAUCAGGCAACUGCCGACAUCAAGACCGUUCUCACCAACACCUCUCGCGUUGACAACGACGAUCUUGUUCAACGUGUUGAGGCCCCCCGAGCAAGCUUGGCCGAUUUCAGGGCAUACUUCGGCAGGUGGGAGAACUUCAAGGUCCUCUUUGGUUGUGCCUACUCUUGGUUCGCUCUCGACAUUGCUUUCUACGGCCUCGGUCUUAACUCCGGUAUUGUCCUGCAAGCCAUCGGUUUCGGCACGCCCCCGCAAAAAGGUGUCGAAGGUGUCUACCAGAACUUGAAGAACAUUUGCAUUGGCAACCUUAUCCUCUCCGCUGGUGGUCUCAUUCCCGGAUACUGGUUUACUUUCCUGUUCAUUGACAAGUGGGGUCGCAAGCCCAUUCAACUUAUGGGUUUCAUCGCCCUUACCAUUCUUUUUGUCAUCAUGGGUUUCGGUUACGACAAACUCACUGCAACCCCUGCCGCCACCAAGGGCUUCGUUGUCCUUUAUUGCUUUGCCAACUUCUUCCAAAACUUCGGCCCCAAUACCACCACCUUCGUCAUUCCCGGAGAAGCCUUCCCCACUCGCUAUCGCUCUACCGCGCACGGUAUCUCUGCUGCCAGUGGCAAGCUCGGCGCCAUUGUUGCCCAAGUUGGCUUUGCCCAGCUCAAGGAUAUCGGUGGCACGAACAAGUUCGUGAAGCACAUCUUGGAGAUAUUCGCAUUUUUCAUGUUGACUGGAAUCUUCUCUACCCUCCUUCUGCCUGAAACCAACCGCCAGUCGCUCGAAGAGCUUUCCAACGAGAACCAAGACGGUUUCGUCAGGGGUCCCAGCAGAAAGUCAAACGUUACUGACGUUUAA